GCGCAUAUUGUAAGGAGACUCGCCGAUUCCUUCUCUCUCCGCCCGAGGGAGCCCUCUACACAGCCCACAGACCACCGACCGCAGCAUGCCCCGCGACGGCGAAGACUACCGCAACAUGGACCAGCAGCAGUUCGAUCGCCGCCGCGCGGAGGACGAGGCGCGGCAGGACGCGCUGCUGGACCAGAUCCACGGCGGCGUCGUGGGCCUCAAGAACCAGGCGCACGCCAUCAACGGCGAAGUCGUGGAGCAGAACAUCAUGAUCGACGACAUCGGCAACCGAAUGGACAACGCCACCCAGGACAUUUCAAGAGAAGAGCAGGCGGCGCGCGAGGUCAACGCGCGCAAGAAGAAGGCGUGCAAGUUAUACGGCGUUAUUGCGGUGCUGGUGGUCAUCCUCAUCAUCGUGUUUGUGAUCCCGGGCUCCAACUAAGCGGAUGCAGUUGUCAGUUGCCGGUUGCUAGUUGAAUUGAAACCCAAGCAUCGAGACAGGGAGGUGGAGUGCUGUCUGCAUAAGCGCCAAGCCAAGCCAAGCCAAAGCAAGACAUUUUUGUUGCCUCUUCCCGCAGAUUCACACCGCCAGCUCCCACCUUCAGCGUCACUCGGAUGUCGAGGGAUUGUAUAUUUUAAAUACAGCGACUGCUUGCC